UACUGCUUUUGUUCUACGUUUAUUCCAUAUUCCUGGUUAGUGUUCCUGUGUCUGUGUCUCCUGCGUUUCUGGUAUGUUCCUGCGACUUUUGCAUUUUCAUUUAAUAUUUCUUCAUCGGGUCUUGCCUUCCUGCCGUCUCUGCAUUCGGGUCCACCUGCUCCACUCACCCACCUUUGUGACAGAUUGGAUAAUCCAUCGUACGAAGUGAUGCAGUUGGACUUUGAGGUCGAUAACGUGAUCAACCUGGUUCCAACCCAGACUCUGCACUGGAACGUUGAGUACCCAGCUGGCAUGCAGACGACUUCUAGGCAAACAGAGAAAGUCUCACACCUCUACAUCAGCAACGCCGAUAUACAGGGCAUCGUACCGCUGGCUGAGGACACAGAGGUGGUGAACACAGCCAUUCUUACAGGUCGUCGCGUGGCAGUGCCCAUCAAACUGGUUACCGUGGAAACUGACGGGCAGGUGAGGGAGGUGGACGACUGGGUCACCUGCAGCUCGACAGACGUGGACGUGGUCAAGGUUUCCCCGAACUGCGACCAGGUUUUGGUGAACGGCAAAGAGAUGCGCGGCCGGCAGUCUUUGGCAGUGAACUUCACCUACCUGCAUCUGUCUGCUCAGCUCCAGCUCACCGUGUGGGUGCCCAAGCUCCCUCUGCAGAUAGAUGUGUCAGAUACCGAGCUGAGCCAGGUCAAAGGCUGGAGGGUGCCAAUCAUCACUAACAAGAGACCCACCAGAGACAGUGAAGAUGAUGAGGAUGAUGAGAGGAAGGGCAAAGGCUGUACCCUACAGUAUCAGUAUGCCUUGGUGCGGGUUCUCACCCAUUUUGUGGCAGAACCUUCUGACCCAGGAGGAGAGAUGGUCUACAUGCUGGGUACAGACUGGCAAGCUGAUAUCACUCACUUGGUCUUGGACCAGCUAAAGGUAGAAGAUCCUCGCAUUGCCAGACUGAUAGAUGGACGAAUUUUGAUAGGGCGGGACCUGGGCAUCACCACCAUACAAGUGUUGUCCCCUCUGUCUGACUCCAUCCUAGCAGAGAAGACUGUGACUGUGUUGGAUGACAAGGUCACCAUCACAGACCUUGGAGUCCAGCUGGUUGCAUCUCUGUCCCUCAGUAUGACAGCGAGUCCUGGAAAUUACCAGGCCAUACAGCUAACGACUACAGCAACCGACCUGCUACACGCUCCCAAACAGGAAGCAGCAAUCAGUGCCUGGAUCCAGUACAGUGAUGGUUCAGUGACACCACUUGAUAUCUAUGAUCCCAAGGAUUUUCUUCUCUCAGCUGUGUCAUUGGAUGAGAGUGUUAUCUCCAUAACCAAUCAGGAACAGCACUGGCCAAUUGUAGUGGCGGAGGGCGACGGACAGGGGGCACUGGUUCGUGUAGAAAUGGUCAUCUCUGAGACCUGCCAGAAGUCCAAAAGGAAGAGUGUAUUGGCGUCUGGAGUAGGCAAUGUGAUAGUGAAGUUUGGCGCAAAGAGCGAGGAAAGAGGCGUGUUAGAAAGAGGUGGUCAGGAGGACAGCGGAGGGAUGGACAACAGCACCAAUGAGCAACGGACGAAGGAGGGAGGAGAUUGGAAGUCGAACAGCGCAGCAGCGGAUCGAGAGGAAGGAGCCAUGAGAAAGGUUAGCUCAACGACCAAGAGCACAGUAACCCAUCGUGCUUCAGGUGGUAAGGCUGCCAGUGGAGGCAGCAGCAGCAGUCGAGGCAGUGGUCCAAGCCAAGCAGGGGACUACAGUAGCUACCCAGCACAAGUGGAGGUACCUGGGACUGGGGAUGGUGAGCUCACCCAGACCACUAGAGGACUGUCGGACCUUGAGAUUGGGAUGUAUGCUCUUCUGGGAGUAUUCUGUCUGGCAAUACUGGUUUUCCUCAUCAACUGCGUCAGCUUUGCUUUCAGAUACCGCCACAAGCAGGUCCCUGUUCUGGAGGCAGGAGGCAACAUGAACCAUGCCCAUGACUGGGUGUGGCUUGGCAACGAGGCCGACCUUCUAGCUGACCACUCAGACCAAUGCCAGGGCGGUCUGCCAGAUGAGUGCACCACCAUCAUUGACCGGAAUGAAGGAGGAUAUGAGGAGAACAAGUACCUACUGAACGGGGCUGGUAACACCUUGGUGAUGGGCGUGGGCACAAGCAUGGGCACUAUUAGUGGGAGUGGUGGCACAGGUGGACACCGAGGCAUCACCCAUGGACAAACCUUGCCCAGGUCCAUCCCAGAUCCGCAUCAGUGCCUUUCAGCAAUUACUACUGGUGGCAAAGAUGCCUCUGGUCAAGCAGAGCAUUUGAAUAAUUCCCCGCGAGCCACGGCCGCAGCUGCGGUUGCAGCUGCCAAACGCAAACGCGUCAAGUUCACGUCUUUUGCCACCGUUCUGCCCAAUGAUAAUUCGGGUGUCGGUGGCCCAUACACCAACUCCUCAGUCCUGGUAACCAAUGGGAGCGAGGAUGACAUCAAAUGGGUGUGCCAUGAUAUGGACCUGGGUCAGUCUGAAAUCAGAACCUACAUGGAGAGGCUACAAGACAAUCUGUGACUUGGGAAGAAACUGAGAAAUGGAGGGGCAGAGGAUGAGUGCAGGAGGGGGAGGAUAGACAAUGAGUACAAUUCACCUGUAAUGCCUUUGCAAUGGAUGAAGGGAGGGAGAAUGGGAGGAAUAUGAAGUCUAAGUGGUUGAGUAUGAAAGUAAGUAUGAGAUAACAGUGAAGGGAACACAAACCGUCGAGAAGUGUUGAAAAGAUUGCUGAACAGACAGAUUAAGGGAUGCUUACAUUUAGCUUCCCUUAGCCUAAGGAAAACAUAUUGUCAUCACUAGCUCACACUGAAAACAA